AUGUCCUUUGCCAACUUUGCGUCCCAGUACCUUCAACGACAGCGACUGGCGGGAGCGUCGAGUCUUGCGACAUCGCAGCCACUAUUCUAUUCGUUCAGCACCGAGGACGGUGGAGAGCGGUCCCGUGCGCAUGACGCCGAGCACGAGUUAGACGACGUUGAUGACCCCCACAUGCGCGCUUCCACCUCGGACGAUGGACUAGGGGACGGCGUAGGAGCGAGCAGUAGCCGAGGGUGGCUGGCGCAUCAGCCGACUGUGCUGAGGAGUCCGAGCGAUAGCAGCGAGCAGACGAGCACAGGCAGCUCCAGUCCACCCCCAGAUAUAUUCAACACUCAGCGGCCACCAGACCGGAAGACGCAACCAGUGUCUCCCACGCCGCCGCCACCGCCUCGGUCACUGGCCGUCGAUCUGACGGAGAGUCUACUACCGCGAGACGCGUCGCGGCCUCGGUCGCUGUUCAGCCUGCCCGAUCCUCGCUUCCCCGCUCCACGGCGCAAAUAUCACGACGCAACAUUCACGACCGCAUUCCUCGCCGCAGUCUCAGCAAUAUACAUUUUCUGCAUCGUACUGCUAUUCGUCACCGCAUCUAACCCUCGACGGCGGGUCUACACCACCCUCCUUCACACCAUCCCGCUCCUCGCUAUCGUCACCUUCCUAUCAGCUCUCGUCUCAUACGCUCAUAUCCUCCUAUUACGGCUCUUCGUCAAACCAGUGGUACUCGCCACAUCCGUCUUCGUCCCUCUCGCCUUACUAUUGAGCGCGCUCUGGGCUUUCGUCGGCAGCUUCAUCUGGGACCCUUCAGUCCAACCCACAUGGGGCGAAACAUGGGGUCUACGCAUAUUCUCCCUCGUCCCGCUCGUCCUCGCAAUAAUCACCGGUCGCCGCCUCGUCCACCUCCCAACACACAUCAACUCCACAUCCGGCCUCCUAACCCUAACGACGCGCGUCCUCUCCAUCCAACCGGUCCUCUUACUCCUCUCGCCCUCGGUCUUACUCGCCUUCCUCCUCGGAAGCAUCCCCUUCCUAACCCUCGCAUUUCGCCUCCUCCUGAUCGGCUACACCACCUCCAAACCGGCCGGAAGAGUCGAAUACCACGUCGCGGCGUGGGCGGACUGGGCGAUUGUCGCGACAGCCGGCGUAUGGGUUUGGGCGUGGGGCGUGGCGAGGGGCCUUUGUAGGGUGACGACCGCGGGCGUGGUUGCGGCGUGGUACUUUGCCGAUCCCGAGGCGCCCCCACCCCCGCCACAGUCGACUCACACGCUACACGCGGCUUUGCAUCGCGCGAUCCAUCCAUCGCUCGGGACGAUAUGCCUUUCGGCCCUUCUACUGGCGCUUGUGCGCAUGGCGACGGGCGCUUCGUACGCGCUGCGUCGUCUUCCGUCGUACCUGCCGCUCCCGUUGCAGAUCUACGCCGGCCCGGUGAUCUAUGGUGCGCAAGUUGCCGCCGGCGCACUGGAAGCCUGGGCGGGGAGGUUUGGGAGAUACGUGUUGGUAUACGUCGGUGUCACGGGCGAGGGCUUUUGGCCUAGUGUUGGACGUGCGGGAGGGUUGACUACGACCGAAAGGAGAAGAGAAGGCGAGGCGUGGAGAAGGAAGUUCAGGACUGAACCUCCAUUGACUUUGCUCACCAUCACACCUCUCACUUGUACACUCCCCUUCGCGCUCGGGACCUACCUCUUCGUCGCGCAUACACUCGGUGCGCCGGACUUCGCAUUGGAAGCAGCGCUCCUGGCCGGGACAGCGACCGCGCUUGUUGGCCUAUUCUGCGUGGGCAUGGUCAAAGACGCUGCGGACACGCUAUACCUCUGCUACACCAUCGACCGGGAAGCCGGCGAGCGCCGCGUAGGCCGCGAAGAGGUCGCAGCCCUCUUCGACGCCGCACCCCAACGCACCCAACAACAGUCCCAACAACAGCGCGCAGCAUCCCGCGCAUCCAACGCCCAACGUCCGCGCCCACCCACAGCCGAACCGCGCGCCGACGCCCCCAUAUCGCGGCGCGUAGAAGGCAUCGAGAGCCCGAUGGCUUCGCCGCCCAGUCACAGUCGUUCUCCACAACAUCCGCCGCAACAUCCUCAAUAUCAACAGCAGCAGCAGAGAUACGAGGACCAGUACCCUGUUGUUGAGGAGGAAGAUGAGGGCGAUAUCGAUCCGUUCUUGAGGGCCGAUACGCCCGAGAGCGAGAGCGGGGCGAAUGUGCCGGGGUACAACCUCGGUGGGAGUGGCGGGAAAGUCCUAUACGACGCUGGAGAAGACAGCGACGAUAGUGUUUCUAUCUCUGGAGAUCGAUCUGUGUCAGUGGCGCCGGUCGACGCGUCGAUGAGGAGAGGGAGGGACGCGGAGGAAGGGCUGGGGAGGAGCGAGGCUGUUACUAGUGCGAGUGCUAUGAGCCAGAGCGAGGGGUUGGGCGGGAUGUUCCCUGCUGGUUCGGACUUGUUCUGA